GGAGUGUAUUAGGGAACUUCUGGAUAACGUGUAUAGUGUGUAUAGGGUUAGUUUCUUCUCUCUAAGGGGACAGCCUAUCAAUAAAGGUACAAGCACGUUAAGGCAGUACUGAAAGAUCAGACCCAGUGAGACCCAGUGACUUGCACGAGACCAAGUGACAUUGUGUUACAGUCACGCAAGAUGUCCGACAAGUACACAAUUCAGUGGCCUGAAUAUGAAUCUUUGGACGACUGGUUGAAAGCACAGCCUACUGAAACAUGGAAAGAAAGCUUUGAUAGGGAUGGAUAUCUGGUUGUUCACAAACUGUUGAAUGAAGAAUUUGUCAAUAUCUACAGAGACGUCUACAUGAAGCUUAUGAAUGGCGAUAUUGACACAGAUGCACAUAGACAUGACCUUGGGGGUCAUGUGUCUCGUAAAAGUCAAAAAGUUGAAAACAUUUGUCAGAUAAUGUGGCCGARUAUCUACAUCCCGUCGUUGCUUGAGGGUCCACUGCAUGAAAGAGUCCGUGCUGUUAAUCAUAUUAUCGUUGGUUCUGAUGCUGUAUUUGAUUUCGACAUGCUUAUUGCUAAGGCUCCAAAGACCUCCACCACGACACCAUGGCAUCAAGAUGAAGCCUACUGGCCUAACAUGCCUGAUAAAAGAGCUGCUUCGUGUUGGGUUGCCAUGGACAACGCUACGGUCGACAAUGGCUGYAUGUGGUUCGUUCCUGGAUCCCAUAAACUGCCUUUGAGACAACAUCGGUCUGCUGCUCAAGGAUCUCAUGUACAACAGUGCGACUGUUCAGAGGAUGAAGGUAUUGCCCAGCCCAUCCCGGCCGGUUCGUGUACAUUUCACUYAGGACGAACUCUACACUAUACACGUGGGAAUGUAACUGAUUCAUAUCGAAGAGCGUACAUUACKAACUACAGGCCCGCGGCCAUGGUAGAAUGGGAACGAGCUAAUAAAUUUUCUCAUGGAAAAGAGGGAAUCGAUGUACUACCUCGAGAAGGCGUGAAGAUUGUCAAAAGACAUUGAUUAAUCUUGUAARACGAAAAACUACCUCUAAAGGGGUUUUCAGAGCUAAUGGACAUUACACCGAAGAUCUCCACGUUUAUUGAUGAAUAGUUUAAUAUAAAAAUAACCGAUCAAAUUUAGCAUUUCUACUCAUUAUUUUCUCAUACCAGUAGUUGUUCGUGUAUUAUUUUCUCCAACAUUUUUUUUAAUGCGUUUUUCCGAUUUGUAMUUAUGCAAUUCAUUGAUGAUAUCAGAACGAAAGGGUUCUAGGACGCAACACUCUGGCAUACAUGAGGUCAAAUUAUAACCUUUUUUAUCCUAACAUCAUGUUUUCAGAAGAGAACGAACAUACAAUGUGAAAAAAUGUCCUUGAGUCAUUGCUAUGACUUCAAAAUUCGAUUUUUUUUCCUGUUGAAAUUUGAAAAUAUAUUCUGGCGUGUUUGAAACCACAAUAAAUUACCUUGUGUUCCUGUUUAACCGAAA